GUCCAUUAGUGUGUCUAGUGCUGGAAGAAGCCCCCCUGAUCUGAUGGUAUCAGCGCCUCAGGGUAGAGUCACAAAGACAACAGGAGGAUGGAAGAAAAGGGAGCAGAGAAUGGAGUGGCGGCCAUGGCAGCCAUCUGGCAGGGAGUUGAUCCUGCAGCGUAUCUGCAGAAUACCUACACUCCACCACUGGCUGAUUUGGAAAGAAAGGACAACCUUUUGCCGUGGGUACUGGCAUGCCUGCAUAGAGCUUUCACUGAAGGCGAUGUGAGUGGUGAGCUGCUGGUGGACAUAGGUUCUGGUCCCACCUUGUACCAGGUGAUGAGUGGCUGUGAGGUUUUCAACAAGGUGCUCCUCACAGAUUUCCUGGAGGUCAACAGGAAGGAGCUGAGGAGCUGGCUCCAGGACGAGGGAAGCUGCAGCAUGGACUGGACACCAUACCUGCAGCACGUCUGCAAGCUGGAGGGACGACAGCCCUCAGCAUGGACAGAGAAGGCUGCCAAGCUACGUCAGGUCAUCAUGGACAUUGUCCACGUUGACGUGCACCGCCCUCAGCCUCUGGCCCUUGACGUCCUUCCUGCAGCAGGGGCCGACUGUCUCGUGUCCUGCUACUGUCUGGAGAGUGCCAGCCCUGACCUGGCUGCCUUCACCAGGGCCCUGGGCCACAUUGGGAGGCUCCUGCGGCCCGGUGGCCACCUCCUGCUCGUUGGAACUCUGGGAAUGAGUUACUAUUUUGGGGCGCCUGGGGUAAAGAUCCCUACGGUCCCAGUGAAUGAGGCCCAGGUCUGUGCUAGUUUGAAGGAGAGCGGCUACACCCUGAUCAGGCUGGAGGUUUACACAUUGCCUGAGUACAUGAAGGUUAGCCAUCAUGACGCGUCUGGGAUAUUUUUUGUAAAGGCAAUAAAGGAGUAA